CCGUGCCCUUCUGACGUAACGAAAGGCAUUGUGGGAUAGCUAAUUAAGGUGCACUGUGCAGUGAAUUUUUAUCAAAAUCGACCUUCAUGGCUGUCAAGAAAAUCUUGUGGCUAACAGUAUUUCCAAGUGUUUUCCUAUGCAGUUAAUACGUUCAUCAGUUUCCUGAGUUAUUCGAAGGUUGCGUUUGCAAGGUUCUCAAGGGGUUGCUGGUUCGUCGCUGCCAAUGUUCACUGGAACGGUGAAGGUGACGAUAUGUCAGGCUUCAGGGUUGAGACCAACCGACUUUCAAAAACGACAUAACAUGACAUUUGGCAAGCCCGAUGACCAGCCGAUAGACCCAUACGUUGCCAUAGAUGUCGAUGAAAAUCAUUUGGAUCGGUCUUCGACCAAACCCAAGACUUUUGAUCCGCUAUGGAUGGAAUCUUUCACGCACGAAGUGCAGAGCGCCAUGAAUCUUGGGCUGACGGUGUUCCACGAUGCUGCUAUUCCUCCUGACGAUUUUGUGGCCAACUGUACCAUCCCCUUCGAAGAACUGCUUCAAAGAGACAAGGAAGCCUCAGAUUUUUGGGUUGACUUAGAACCUCAAGGAAGACUACGACUGCAAGUUGAUCUAAAAUGGGCCGCCCAAGCAGAACAUGCUACUCAAAAGCCGAGGGAAUUCAAGGAGCGCCAAGGUUUCAACCGAAGGCGAGGUGCUAUGCGAAGGCGUGUACAUCAGUUCAAUGGACACAAGUUUAUGGCUACAUUUUUGAGACAACCCACAUUUUGUUCACACUGCCGCGAUUUUAUAUGGGGCAUCGGCAAACAAGGAUACCAAUGCCAAGUCUGUACAUGCGUUGUGCACAAACGAUGCCACAAUCAAGUUCUGACAAAGUGUCCAGGCAUUAAAGAUAGCACCCAGGAUGAGGUGAGGGUGGUUCAAGUUGCUCGUCGGCGUAGCACCUUGCCCACCUUCAAGGCUGCACAAGGAACACAAGGUCAGCGCUUUAAUGUGAAUGUUCCUCACCGUUUUGUGACGCACAGCUUCAAACGUUUCACAUUCUGUGACCAUUGUGGCUCUCUUCUCUAUGGGCUUAUCCGGCAAGGGCUCCAGUGUGAAGCUUGCAAACUCAAUGUUCACAAGCGUUGCGAGAAGAAUGUUGCUAACAAUUGUGGUAUAAAUCCAAAGCAAAUGGCACAAUUACUCUCCCAAAUGGGGAUUUCCACUGACAAAUCGGCACCACGGCGUGUUAAAUGUACAACUCAACAUGGUGCAGCAGGAAGUGGGUCUGCCAGUGAUAGACCAGGAAGUGGAGGGGCUCUAGCACCUUUAUCUGAUGAAGCUGCUGGAGAUGAAGAUGAAGUUUCUAUGAGGCUUGCUGCUCAAAUGGCUAUGGAGGAGAAAAUGCGUGAAAAGUCAAAAGAUUUUGAGUCAGAUAAAAGUCGGACGCCAAAUACAAUUUCAGAACCAAGUGAAAGGAGUGGUCGAGAAAGGAAGAUUGGGCUUGAAGAUUUCCAUUUCAUCAAAGUUUUGGGCAAGGGCAGUUUUGGCAAAGUUAUGCUUGGAGAAAAAAGGGGAACAGAUGAGGUGUAUGCUGUUAAGGUGCUUAAAAAAGAUGUGAUCAUUCAAGAUGAAGAUGUUGACUGUACUAUGACAGAGAAACGCAUCUUAGCAUUGGCUGCCAAGCACCCUUUUUUAACUGCACUUCAUUCGUGUUUUCAAACAAAGGAUCGUCUUUUCUUUGUCAUGGAAUAUGUCAAUGGUGGAGAUUUGAUGUUCCAAAUUCAACGAGCUAGAAAAUUUGAUGAACCACGAGCUCGGUUUUAUGCUGCUGAGGUUACAUUAGCUCUUCAAUUUUUACACCGACAUGGUGUUGUGUACAGAGACCUAAAGCUUGACAACAUCUUGCUGGAUAAUGAGGGGCACUGCAAACUUGCGGACUUUGGAAUGUGUAAGGAAGGGAUCAUGGAUGGCGUAACUACAACAACUUUUUGUGGAACACCAGACUACAUUGCACCAGAGAUACUCCAAGAGCUUGACUAUGGCCCAAGUGUUGACUGGUGGGCGUUAGGAGUUCUGAUGUAUGAGAUGAUGGCUGGCCAGCCACCUUUUGAAGCUGAUAAUGAAGACGAUUUGUUUGAAUCUAUAUUGCAUGAUGAUGUACUAUAUCCAGUAUGGCUCAGCAAAGAAGCUGUGUCAAUACUAAAAGGGUUCAUGACCAAGAACCCUGCAAAGCGUCUGGGAUGUGUAACUUCUCAGGGGACAGAAGCUGCUAUUCGAAGCCAUCCAUUUUUCAGAGAAAUGGAUUGGGAAGCAUUGGAGUGCAGACGUGUCAAGCCACCCUUCAAGCCAAAGAUUAAAAACAAGAAAGAUGCUCUCAACUUUGACACAGAAUUCACUAAGGAAGAACCUAUAUUAACUCCUAUUAAUGCUGAUGUGGUUCGAUCAAUCAACCAAGAUGAAUUUAAAGGCUUCUCAUUUGUUAAUCCUGACUUCAACCCUGGUCGCUUUCAGUCAACACCAGCCUAGUUUUGUUAUAAUGAGCUGAUUGUCUUUCAGUGUAUUUUGUGAUGCUGUCUACUCAAAUGCUUGGCUGUUGGAGAACAGCCAUUGUCAUUGAUGUCGCAGCCUGCCAUUUGCGCUUGUUGGUAGCACUUGUCUGCCUCUGACUAGCGGAAAGUGGUGCUUUGUCUCUGACAUUGCUGCUUUUAAGGCACCAGGCCUGUGGUACAAGGCAUUUCUGUUAUGGAAACCCAUGGACCGCUUUGAGAUGAUAUUUUUAAGAUAUUCCUCAGACUGGCUCUGGGUUUAAAUUAUCCUCAAAAAGAUUGACUGGCUUGACACGUUUCAUUUUAACAUACCCGAGUUGCUGUGUGACUGACUAUGCCCUAUGGCAUACAUUGUUGGUGCUAUUUGGUACAUACAGGCUAUUUGUUUAUGAAAGUCUGGAGUACCUAAUUCUUAUUAUUUGUUGUUUAAGUUAGAACAUCUUACGUUUUUUCCUUUUUUGUUUUUUAUUAUAGUUUUUAUUUUGUUUUUAGGUCAUCGAAACUCUGAUAUGUUAAAAUGGUUUGUUGUCUUGCCAUAAAUUUUUUUUCUGGUCAGAGGUUAAAAAAUGUUAGAGCCUUCCAGUAUUGUUUGAUGCCUAAUUUAGAGUGACAUGCAAAUUGUUACUUAAACCUUGCUUGAAGUAUCUCCUGUAACUCCAGAUGGUGUUCUAGUAUUAUUGAUGUUUCCCAAAUUUAAAUAGAUUCCAAGAAAAAUACUUUUAUGUCAUGAAUGUAAAGGUUACUCUGUUCCACUUCAUGGAAUCCUGUUCAAAAUAUUCUGUUGUUUGAGGCAGAAAUUUGAACUGUUAGCAGUAAGUGCUUUGAAGAUCAUAAAUAUUCGUGUUCAGUUCUUUCAUUGAUUUCUUAAGUGUCUGUCAAAUCAUAUACCGUGUGUCAUAAUAUGUUUAGACUUGAUAACCUCAGCAAAAUUGUGUGCAUUUGCUGUUUCAUAAUAUGACACAUUUUGUAUGUUUAAUAUGUAAGCUACAAGCUGUGCUGCGUAGUCAAGCAUAGCAUUGAGUAGCAUAGUAUAGGUAUCCGCAGAAGCUGAGAAUUGGGGCGGUGACUGACUCGCCCAAGAUACGCGCACAAGACACUUUCUAGUACUGAUAUGAUAAGAUGCUAUAUACCUAAUGUAUAAGUACAGUAUACUUAUUUAGGUGCUCGACCAGACAUUUUGGGCACCACGAAAUAUGUCUGAUUUGCACGGUUCUAAGCUUCCAAUGUGGGAAUAGACAAGGCCUACCCUACUGGGAUUUCCCCACUCCGUUAAUACUGUGACGUCUUGGGUGUUACGGGUGUUUGUUCAUAAUUAACAUGUUAACACAUCUCUGGAAUAGCUGUGUUCUAAGUCUAGCAGUAUCUUAAAUUGUUUGAAGACAAUUUUUAAAGUUCAUGUUACAAGUCCUGUAUAAAAUCUGUUUUAAAAUAAUUUGUUAAUACACAGUUUUAGAUGUUUGUAUUAAUGUUAAUGGAAAACUUCAUAAUGCAUUUUCAUUUGUCAUUAUUAAUGAUAAUGAAUAUACAAUAGUUAUGUGAUCUGUAUAAGUAUCAUUGUAAACAUUGUUUUUGUUUGUUCUUUUUUUCAUCAUUAGUUUAUUAGAGCUGGAUGUUGUCUGUCUUACUCUAGUCAAUGGUACUGGUCAACAGAUGCUUCCUGUUAAUUGAGAUUUUGUUGUUACAUCAAUAUUGUCUUUUAAUUAGUUUUGUCUUGUUUUGUUUUUAUUUGUGAUCAUCAAUGUUAAACUUAGACCUGUCAUACACGGCUCUGAGCACUGUUGUAAUGGAGUCAACAAGGCCUGUGACAAAGUUUUCUCAUCUUAUGUUUUUGGGUCUUUUUUUUUCUUUUCUUUUUUAAGUUACAGUACCCUGAUAUUAUUUUCCUCUAGUGUCCUUAAUGGCAGCUGUAAGUUUUUCCUGCUCUAUGACAAUCUCAGGUUCAUACACUGCACAAAAUCCUAUGGUUCUGCAGAUUUAUCCAAGUUUUUGUUCUUUUUACAUUGUUUCUGUGGUAUUGAAUCUAUCAAUUCAGUUCUGUGGGCUGUGUGUUAAGGAUAUUGACAAUGUGUAAUGGUGAACUUCUACAACACAACAAACAUGUGUAGCAUUGGUUUAAGUUUUGAUGUUUUUACUCAUCCUUCUUAUUUUGAUAUGCUGUAAUGGAAAGAUUUGUCAAAUAUUUUAUGUAGUAUUUACUGCCACUGACUAUCACAAAGUGAGGAUCUAUGAUAAUUCUGUUCAGCAUAUUCCUUCUUGUUUUAGUCAUUGUUUUAACUUGCAAAUAAGUUUUUUAUUAUUUUUUUUCUGUGAGGAACCUUUACCUUGUUAGUGCCAUUGGGUUGAUGUGAAAGUUCAUAAUCUAAGGAGCAUUUUAGGAGCCGGAAAGUCCAAUGCUGCUGUAUGCAGUUGCUUCAUGAAAUGUGAUAUUAACCUAGAAGCUUACGUGCAGAGAUUGAAUGUUCUUUGUUUUAUCUUGAUUUUGCUUUCCUCUACACCCACUCCUCUUUUAGAUUUUAAGAAUACAUUAUGUGGCAUUUAUGUAUAGUUUCUAUUCUACUUAAUGGAAUAUGAACUUUUUAGUCAACCCUUUUUAGAUAUCAGCCUAGCUGAAAUUAAAUAUGAUAAACCUCUAGUCAGUUCUUUGGAAGCCUUUGCUGUUGUAUUGCAAAAUAGCUUUCCGUUAAAAAGCACAUCUUUUAUUUUUUGUUCCUAAGAAUUUAUAUUUUGUAUGAUGGUGUAGAGCAAUAACUCGUUACAUGUAUUAAGACCCUCUUUUCUUUUUUAAACACAUCACUAAGAUCAAUUAUUUGCCAGGGUUUUGUUUCUGUUAAGCUUCAAAAAGAUAUCUGACUAUCAAGUAAACAAUUUGUGUUAUGGUCAUGGUGUAUGUGCUCUUAAGACGCAACUCCAAUGGUAAACUGAAAAAUUUUGCACUCAACUCUAUUAAUUACUGAAAAAUUUAGCACUUUAACUCUAUUGGUAACUGUGAAAAGUAAAGCACCUUAACACCUUUGGUAAAUGAAUAAUCAAGCACUCAAUUUUUCAUUCGUAAUUUACCAUAGGGUUUGUUUUCUGACAAUGUUAAUAAGGCAUUAGACUUAGUGAGGAAUGUUGCAUUUAAAAAAGAUCAAAACCGUGGCAUAUUAAGCACUUGAACCCAAUCGGAAACUGUGCAAAGCUAAGCACUUUAUUUGUAAAUGUGACAUAGUAAGGACACAAUUUUACUGGCCACUGUUUGGUUUCUGAUAAGUUCAUAAAGACUGGGAACUCUUCAAGUAUAAGCCAUAUUGUACGUUUUUACAUUUCCAGUGUAUCUUUGCUCUCAAGUUGCUCCUUUAACAAAAUGUGACUUUUUACCUUUAACAAAUUGUGAAAAUCUCAAGACUUUUAUGCAUUAAAAAAAGCAAACCCCAAUUUUUGUUUAACUUAGGUAAAAUUGAGCCACCCCGAAGACUCUGAAAUGUCUCUAAUCAAUCAAACAUUACGAUUAUUGUUACUUGAAAUUGGGCCAUUCAUAGUACUUCCUCUCAAUAGUGCAAUGCAAACUCACUCUAUUGUUACUUGAGUGUCUUAGGUAGCUAGGUAAAUAUUACCUGUGCAAAAUUGAGCAAUCAUCUAGUCCUGUCAUUGUGCUGAAUUGAGCAUACUAUUUUAGUUUAUUUAUUGUAGCAUAUGUCUGAAUUUGAGCCAUCUCCAAUCACCAAGAGCAUUUAUUGUUACUUGUGCUGAACAAGUUAUAAGUUUGUUUUCACCUCUUCAAAACAAAUUCCUGUAUAUUGUAUUUGAGUAUGAUUGAGUAACCCUCAAGACUUCUUCACAUAUAUGCGCUAAAGAGCAAUCCUCAUUGGUAAACUGCAAAAUUAAUGGGCAAUCCUCACCUUUUUAGACUGAAUGCAUAUUUUGUGAGUAAUGAUGGUAGUGUCCUCAUUUGUUUACCUGACAUAGAUCCGUCUAUUUUUAAUUUUUUUUUUUAGGAAAAGGAAGUAUAUGUUGUUACCAGCCAAGUCAGCAAUGCAAGUUUCAUGGUGAAUGCUUUGCAUUGUAUCUGAAGUCGCAUAUCUAUUAGGCAUUUUUUUUCUUGUUUUAUUUGGUAUUGUAGACUGGCUUUGUAUUUUGCAGAGCUUGAUGUUGUCCAUAUGAUAUGUACAUGUACACAUGUGUGGUAGUCUUCUGUGCUAGUGUGUGAAAGUUUGUUACUGAUGUGCUUUAAGCUGACAUUUGAUAGUAGUCUGAAGAGGUAGGAAACAGUCAUCUAAUAUCGAAAAAAGGGUCACUAAAUGUUGCUUGUUGCAAAUAAUUUGUUGGAAUGCAAUUGUGAAAAUUUUGAUGUGAUUAAUAGCGUCUUUGGUACCACUCAUUAACAUAGAAAGAUUUGGAAGUAACCUUGGUUUGUAUUGUGUUGACAGGUGUCAAUUUUAUUGUUUUGUUCCUUGUAAGGAUGAGUUUGUGAUUGUUGAAUGCAGUUUUAUAAGCCUUUAAUGUGAAGAGUAGAAUUUUUCACUCAUUGUUUUUGUUUUGACACUUUAAAAGAAAAAUAUUUUCCUGCAUUUGUAAUUGUAUGCAGUUUGUUCUUCUUUUUUGUUCUGAAUCUCUGAUCAAGUAAAAGAAAAAGUAUUUCACGAGGAUCAAAUUUUGGUGCUCUUUUCAGAUUGGCUGCUUAUGUUAGUUACCAACUGUAUUAUGUUUCAUUUCGAAUGAGAACAUGUAUUCUUAGGUAACACACAUUCGUUUCAUUAGCCAUUGCUGGCAUACUUGUUAGUCCAAGUGACACUAAAGUAUUAUUUGUUUUGUUUUAUCUGUUUUGUAUUAAUUUUAUUCCUUUCUUUUGAAGGGUGUUUUACUUUCUUAACUUUGGCUGAAGCAUUUCUAAUGCCUUCCAUGGAUUGAAAUUAUGUUUUAUAGUGUAGAAUGUUGACCUUUAUUUUCAACUUUAGUGAUAUAAUAGCAAUUAGUUUGGACUAAUUUGAGUUGAGUUCUGACCGUGUUUGCAGUUUUUCAACCAUUUAAGUUCAAACCAUGUCUUUUUUUUUUUUUUUUUUUUUUUUUGAGAAUGUUAAAUGAAGUAGGAGAUAACUGAAAUUGAUGGAAUAAGUUCCUUAGUCAUGUGUUACCCAUUUUGCUUCUCAACCAUGAGAAAUAAUUAUUUUUAUGUUAUUGUGCGGUGUUAUGUACAAAAUGGGUUUAUUGUGUGCACAAAUGAGGUCCCAUUUGCUGUUGGAACUGUUUGUCCAGUUAGAUAUUGUUGUAUUUUGUAAAUGAAUUCUAUGGAGACUAAUUUUACAUAGUGUGUUUUGAAAAACUACCAAAGAAAUCAGUUACCGAAAAGAGUUAUUUGCUGUCAAGGCCUGCUUUCACAGAUAACUUUUUUCACAGCACAUUCUUCUGUUAUUGGGCAGGAAGUUACAUGGGACGAUAAGAUAAUUAAUAUUAAUUGUUAAUACAACCACUGUAAGCUGAACUACCAAUUGGGGGCAUAAAAAGGAAGUGGUGCAAUGCUUCAGUGACAUUGUUUCCUAGUCACUUGAUUUUAAGUAUUACUGUUCUUUCAGAACAAGCUCUGCUGGUCUCCGUCAUAACAUUCGAUUUGUGCGAAGUUUCAUUCUGCAAUUUCAGUCGAUUUAAAUAUUUGAAGUCAGUACUGGUUGAAGAUAGUUGUGUGAUGGCAUCCUUUGACAAUUUUAUCACCUCAUUUCUUCAAGUCCAACAUGAAACCUUCAAGCCUCAAUGCCUGAACAUUUUAACAUAUAACUCCAAUCUUGAUUUUUUUAGAUCUAGGAUGUCCUUUCUGAAUGAAUUCCUUACUCUUUCAAAUAAAAGUUAAAAUUUAAAAAAAAUAAAAAUAAUUAGGUGCUAUUUUACAGCCAAUCAUAUUCAACAUAUUUAUCAAUAUUUGAAAUUUUUGUUGGUGUAGAAUGAAUCAUCUUCUUAGGAUAAAAAAGGAAUGCCAGUAUGAUAGCCCACUUACACAUUUACGAGCUCUUUCUGUGUAUUGCUUGUUAAUUGCAUUUCUUUGAUGUAAGAGGGCUGUAGAAAAUUAAGUGGAUGGACACCUUGAAUUACUCCCAAAUCAGAAUAUCCUCUCUCGACAGCAUGUCAACUGAGCACGUAUAGAGGUAGCACCUAUUGUUUCCAAAUUGCUAAUGUUGCCAGCUGACUUCCACAGAGUAGCCUACAUGAAUUUUCAUUGAUAUUUAUUUUUAUUAUGGCUGAGAAAAUUAUUUGUUUCAUGUCUGACUUAAUUUAUUGAUUGUGUACUUGCCUGUACAGUUUCAAAGCUACAGUAUUAUUGUUUAUCUGAAUGUCUCAUUGUUUAUAUUAAUAUGUGCCAUUUCAAAAUGUGGGAUCUACACCAUAAACCCUCUUAAUUUAUAUUCCUAAUGUUACCACGACAUGUAAGGUCAACUAUGAAACAAAAGUGCUUCUUUUUUCUUUUUCUUUUAAAUGAAUGAUUGAAAAGUGAGCACGGUUGUUGAAAUCUGUUAUGAUAUUAGUACAAGUUGUUUGUUUCCACAUCAUAUUUUUGUGUCACCUAUCUGGGAUAAAAUAUUUGUUAGCUGUGUUUGCUUCCCAUUUGUAUCAGUUCUUAAACUGAAACAUAAUUUGGGGGACAUGCAGAGCUAAAAGUGGAUCCUCCUUGUAUUUAUUAAGUGGAAAAUAGUACCUUUAACAGAAAAAUGUGCGCUAAAGAAAAUGUCUUUCUGUCCUGUAUUUGUAAUAACUAUAAUGUGAAGUGUUUACAAAGUAAUCUUUCUGUCCAAUAUUAUGGGCUAUUUGAUAAAGAUCAGUUAUAGGCUCCAACGAUUAUUUACUGUGUUAAGAGUAAUUGCACUCAAGUACUCAAGUGUUAAAACUGAGAACUCCUUGACUGUGUUGGCAGUCUUCACGUCCAUUUACAACCUUUUUUGAUGUGUAUACUAUGUUAUAAUGAGUGAUAACACUUUUGGUAACCACCAGCUAUGCCGUCUCAGAGUUGAACAGAAAUUAUCAGACACAUUGCAUUACCUGGUUUAGAAUGCCCCUUGUUGCCAUGGACAGUUCCUGGCACAAUGGAAAUGCUGCAUCCCAAUUGACAAAACUUCAAUUUUUCAUGACAGGCAAUAAUUAAAAUGGGUAAGAGAAUUUACACUCUUUUUACAUAAACUAUAAUUAUUAUUCUGGCUACCUAGACUGGAAAAGGAGAAAAAAAAUCGGCUUAUGGUCCUUGUGUAAGAAAGUCCAGAUUGAGGUGAAGCAAGUGUCUGCCUUUUAAAUGGAGGAAAAUUUGCUACUGGAGAGCAGUGAAGUAUGUUUUACCUUCCUCUUCCUAGGAAGUGCAGUUAAAUCGUCCCUUUAGAUGAGCAAUUUAGUGUUGAAUGAUGUGUACAUGUUAACAUACUUCAUUGGUAAUCUACCUGCAUUUUAAGCUUUUGUUGUGAAUGAGAGCAUAAGUGAGAGUUAAAGUUCUCUUAAAUUGCUAAUCGUGAAUGUGUAUUUAUUUAUAAAUAUAUUGUGUUUGUUUAAAUUUAUUUGAAUAGAGAAGAUAUGUUCUCCUGCUA